UUAUCUUUUCUGAUUGCCUUAUUGAUGAGGUUUACUGUGAUCUGAACUUCGAAGGAAAUGGUGGGGGCCGUUCAGUUCGGCGUCUUGGCUGCGUGCAUCGUUCUCUUUGUUCCCAUGGGGAUGGCGGGUUGGCAUCUGAGCCGUAACAAGAUGCUCUUUUUCAGCGGAGCCCUCUUCAUAACACUCGCCGUAGGUGUUCAUCUCACACCUUACUUCCCUUCGAUUUCUGAUUUCAUUUCUUCAGUAUCAUCUGCUGUAACUGAGAAUCGUGAUUCCUGUAUCUCUUUCCUACAUGAGAUUGUCUGGGAUGUGAAACCAGUUAGGGUUAGUGAAGCUUUGAUGAAUAACUAUAGUUAUGAAAAGUCAUGGGCUUGGGGGAAAUCUGCGGCUGUGAUUGAUUGUGGGUUCCAGAAACUUAGCCGUUCUGAUGCUUCUGAUCUGCUUAAUGGGUCGUGGAUUGUUGUAGCUGGGGAUUCACAAGCACGCCUGUUUGUUCUGUCGCUGCUGAAUUUGGUCAUGAGUCCCGGGGAGGUGGAGUCGGUUAGGGGAGAUCUUUUUAAGCGCCACAGUGAUUACAGGGCUGUGAUUGAUGAAAUUGGGGUGAAAUUGGAUUUUUUGUGGGCUCCUUAUAACAGGAACUUGACUAAUCUUUUGAUGGAUUUCAAGAGCAAACGGCAAUAUCCUGAUGUUUUGGUAAUGGGUGCUGGCCUGUGGCAUAUGCUGCACAUCACUGAUGCAUCAGAUUAUGGUGCUUCUCUAGGAUGGGUGAGGAGUUCAGUGGUUUCACUAAUGCCAAUUGCUCGGGAUUAUGAGAAUGAUGGGUCUGUCACAGGUUCCAUUUCCAUAAGAUCACCUCACAUGUUUUGGCUUGGCAUGCCAACAUUAGUAAAUUCAAUGUUGAAUACAGAGGAGAAAAGGCUGAAGAUGAAUAGUGCGAUGCAGGAUGCUUAUGAUAGAGAGCUUUAUGAAAGUAAACUUUUGCGCCAGUCUGGGGGUCCGCUGUUGCUGCUUGAUUUCCAAUCUUUGAGUAGAAAUUGUGGGCCUCGGUGUACAAUUGAUGGGAUGCAUUAUGAUGAAUCAGUUUAUGAAGCUGCAGUUCACAUCAUAUUCAAUGCAUUGCUUAUUGAAUCUCAUCAGCAGCUUUGAAGGGGUGAUUCAUCAGCCAGCUAUGAAGGGGGUGACUCUUUGCUUGCUUCCCAUUCUUUGCAUCUUCCUUGGCAAUGAAUAAUUCCAUUUCAAGAGUGAUCAUUAAAUUCAAAGCUCUUGAUCCUUGCAAGAGGUGGACCUUGUAGUUUUUAUUUCCUCAUCUCUUCUCCAACAGUUAAGGUAGUUAAGCAUUGAAUUUUUCCCCCCAGUGUUUUUCCUUCUCCUUUUUAUUUGUCUGGAUUAUAGAAAGGGAGCUGGGAAAUGAUUUUCCCCCUCAUGUAUUAAUAUGUAUUCAUAUUCACCAGUACUUUAUGGUCAGAGGAGGGAUGGGAUAUUUUACACAUUCAAUUUUGAGGUGAAUAGUUUGAAAAAUUGCACUUGUAGCAUACAUAUUUCUCAAUUUAAAAGCUGUGGAGAUAUUUUGGUUC